AUGCACUUCCUCUGUCUGUUGAUCAAUAUGAAUACUAACACGCUUAGGGUCGAUGAUAUACAAGACAACUCACUAUUGAGACGAGGCUCUCCUGCCACACAUACCAUUUUUGGGAUUAGCCAAACAAUUAACUCAGCCAACCUUUUGCUGAUGAAGGCUUUGAAAGCAGUGACGACUCUAUCCCCAAGUGCUGUUUCCAUUUUUACAAACAGUCUCAUAGAAGGUCAUAUUGGCCAAGGAAUGGAUCUAUAUUGGACACAUCAGACGAAUAUACCGACUAGAGAGGAAUACUUCACUAUGGUUGACGGCAAGACCGGUGGCCUAUUUGUUCUUAUGGCCGAACUGAUGCGCUCCGAAGCAACCACGAACAAUGAUCUUGAUGCGAAGCUCCUCAUGAGCACCGUUGGCCGCUUCUUCCAGGCCCGCGAUGACUACCAGAAUCUUCAAGACGCAGAUGUACCGACAUUGACCAAGUUAUGCGCACAGUACACGGAGCAAAAAGGAUUCGCAGACGAUCUGAGCGAAGGCAAGAUCUCUCUACCUCUACUCUUCGCUCUGGAGGCGAAAGGACCAGAGCGUGGCCGAUUGCUCAGUAUCCUACAGCAACGAAAGACUACUGGUUCCAUAUCUGUUGAGUUGCGGAAGUUGGCACUGCAAGAUAUCGUAGCCGCGGGAGGACUGACACGUACAAAAGGGGUCAUACUCAAUUUACAAGAGGAAGUGAACAAUUUAUUGGCGCGGUUUGAAGAUAGGGCUGGGGAGAGGAAUUGGAUUUUUAGACUGAUGAAGAAGCGGUUAGAGCUUUGA